AUGAGUACAUCUAAAAAAACUACUGAUUUAAAUAUUGAGUCAACAGAUACAAAUGGUGAAAAGAAAAUAAGAAAACGUCCAUGGAGAAAUCGUGUACGAAUGUUGGCAAAAAAACGUACUGAAAAAGAGACAAUUAAAAAAUUAAAAGAAGCUGUACAAAGUGGAGAAAAAGAUGAGACAGAAUUGAGUGAAUUUAAAGCAUCUGUAAAAAGAAGAAAGAAGAAUGUUUCUAAAUCAGAAGAUGACUUAACAGAAGAUAAUAAAAUUGAAAAAGAUAGUAAAUCUGAAGAUUUAAAAAAAUUAUCAAAUUUAGAAGAUAAACUUAUUGGUGCACAAUUUCGUUUUAUUAAUGAAAAAUUAUAUAAGAUGCGUGGAAAUGAGGCAUAUGAAUUUUUUAAUAGUGAUCCUGAACAAUUUGCUAUUUAUCAUGAUGGUUACCGGCAUCAAGUAAAGAAAUGGCCAAUUAAUCCUGUAGAUCGUAUAAUUCAAAUGUUACGUGGAGAAGCAAAAGGAAAAGUUAUUGCAGAUAUGGGUUGUGGAGAUGCUAAAAUUGCAAAAGAAUUAGGUAAAAUGCAUAAAAUAUGGUCAUUUGAUCUUCAACAGACAAAUGAAUAUGUUACUCCAUGUAAUAUGUCACAUGUUCCACUUGAAGAUGAAUCAGUUGAUAUUGUUGUUUAUUGUUUAUCACUUAUGGGAACAAAUUUAGCAUCAUUUUUAAAAGAAGCUAAUCGUAUCUUGAAAAGUAAUGGUCAAUUAAUAAUAGCAGAGGUUGUUAGUAGAUUUAAAAGUAUUAGAUUAUUUACAAUUGCAUUAGGAAAGUUAGGUUUUGAAGUAGAAUCAAAGAAAAUUUUAAAUAACUUUUUCUCUAUAAUUAUUUGUAAGAAAAGUAGUACUGUUAAAGCUAAACGACCAUUUGGAUUAAAACUUGAACCUUGUUUAUAUAAAAAACGUUAA